ACAAAUAGCGUUUAACCCUACAGUAGUGCAUCGUCGCGGCGAUGGGCGGCAGCGAGAGGAGGACAAUGAAUCGUGAUCAAAAGACCGAUAAACCCGCUGAUGGAGAAAACAAUUCGCCAGAUUUAAGCUCAUAGUGGAGCGUUUCACAGCCAAGUCUACUAUUUUUUGACUACUCUCGGCCUGAAUAAUAAUAAUAGGUUAGGACGUCUGAGACAGUAAUAGGUGCCUACGACUGGUUGCGCCGGUAAACGCCUGCUCUUUGCUUAAUGACUUCUUCCAAGCCCAAUAUUGGUUCGAAUCUAUCGCCAGCGACGGGAAGACGUGGGAGAAGUUUACAGCUCAUCUAAACUUCUGUAUCUAAUCUGCGUCCUAUGCUAUAUGCAGCUUUGUUUCCAAGCUAGGUAUUCUAGUGCUUCUCCCCCAGUAGCCAAGCUCGUUGUAUUAGCGUGGCUCGUAACGGUGGGCCCGUCUCGGAUAGAAAGUUUCUCAUGGUGUCCGCCAUUAGGUUGAAAGGCCUUGGAAUGACAUAUGUCAGGCAUGUACGAUAGAUGGACCCUUGUCCGAACGAUCGUUACGGAUUGAUAUAGGAGAAGUUUCUGGAUACGUACUUAUCAACAGGUUCCCACGUCGAGUCGUUACGGAUUGUAGAGCCCAGGCUGUCUAGAGCCGCCACCAUGUCGUUCCAUCUAGGAGAACAAGGAGGGUACUGAAACGUUUCCGUCUCAGCCUUGAUGUUAACUCUCAGGCGGGCGAGUAGAGUACACAGAGCGCCAAGGUAAGCACGCCCAAGCGUCAACAGGUGUCAUCGCAGAAAUAUUCAGUCCGUAUAGAUUCGCAAGCCGACUCUUCGAGAAAGAAAGACCAAGCUACAAAAGGCCAGGACACAAAGGUCCUUCGAUGGGCCGUCUGUUUUUGCAAGCUAAGCGCAGUGGUGGCAAUCUGCCUAUUUUCAGUUAUUACUCUCAUCAUUAUCGUAGUUACUUGGUUCAUGUUUGUCGAUGACGAUCUCGACGCCUGAUUUGAUGAUGUCCUAUUCGAAAUGCCCACAAGACAAAUCGUUCAGCAGCAGUAAGUCGGCAGCUUGCGACGUUGGGUUUUACGGUUGUACGCUCAUACACAUAUUGUGUGGUUAACGCUUAGCAUAAAGAGGAGUGCAGUAACAGUAACACACUUUUGAAACGAAUCAUUCUUCCAAAACGUUCCGGGUCGUCGUGCGGCGUCUUUGUUAGUAUUAAGGGCACUGUUUGCAGGAGUGAACCCUACAGACGCGCGUGCCGUAGCAGAAAACCGACAAUUACCACGGAGAAGCCAAGACACUGGAACGGGACACAGAUUGUUUGGUCUCGAUGGCGACGCCGCACGGAGCCGAAUAUUACAAACUGUGUUGUGACGAGCACCAGGGACAACAACAACAAUAUAAGGGGAAGUGUGUUGAGCUGAUCGGUAGGCUGUUCGAGCAGCUCUCUAACGAUGGUGUGCUGGCUAAAGAGUUUAAACGUUUUCUAAAACAAAUUUCCGGAACACAAAUCAAAGUAACUAUGCAACGACGUAAUGGUAGAGCUUCGUCGCAUCAUCAACUGGUAUCGUACGCGCAAAAUAGUAACGUUGGUAACUCUUCGAUGAUGUCAAUUAUGAACGAAGAUGAUAUUUGCCAGGUCGUCACAUGCUACGAAACUUCCUCUCCAGUUGUACCAAUUAAGGAAACAGCCUCAUAUUCAUUAAUCCCUGGAUCUCCUUUGGUGCUGGAAGAUCACAGUCACCAAACAGAUUACAAGUCACAUAGCCGGAAACGAUUUGAUUUCUUUAUUCAGACUACAGGUAACCAGGAGCAGGUUGAUAUCGCCCGUGAAGAAACUACAAAAAUUCUUCGUAGCAACGCCGGCAACGAAAAUCGAGUAACUUUGAAGAUGGACGUGUCAUUCUCAGAUCACUCUUUCAUCAUAGGACGUAAAGGCAAAGGAGUUCAGGGGGCAAUGCGAGCCACCGGAUGUCAGAUCCACUUUCCUGAUUCGAACAAGAACGAUCGCUGUGAGAAAAGCAACCAAGUGUCCGUGUCUGGCACACCCGAAGCCGUUGUCGAGGCUCGUCAGAGGAUUCGCGAGCUACUGCCGAUUUCCUUUGCUUUUGAAAUCAAUGAAGAGGAAUAUAGGAACGCCACGUUUUCUCCUGUUGCGUCUGAUGGAACAGUGUCAGAGCUCAGGCCAAAAAUUAGACAAAUGAUUGAGACCUUACAGAAUGAGUACCGAAUGACGAUUACGUGGCUACCAAACGUCGCUACCAAUCGACUACGCGGAUAUAUCCCUUAUGCAAUGGUCACGGUUCGGGGUGGUCGCAGGAAUAUUGUACGGAUAUGCGAGGGCAUCCAACAGCUGAAUGCCCUUCUGCGUCCUGGAAAGCCUCCGCCCAACGUCGAGUUGGGAAUCGAAGUGACGAGUCAGUAUGUGCAAUUCACGUAUGGAAAUAACGGCACAAAGAUUCAAGCGAUCAUGGACGAGACACGCACGCAAUUCAGCAUCGUCGCCGGCAGAUCGGACACGUCUCAACAUAUUUAUACCGUGAGGAUAGUCGGUAAAGUGGAAAAUGUUUACCGUGCAUGGCUAGCAUUUAUGGAUCUCUUGCCGGUCGUUGUGCUCAUACAGAUUCCAGAGUCCAAUGGCAAAUCUGCUAUGUUCGGUCAACGAAAAGAUAGUGACGAUAGCCGAGUCCCUUUCUCGACUGAGGGUGAAGGUUCUACACAGAUGAAAUGCAUCACAGACGCACAACGAGGUGCAUUCAGCUGCGCGUUGACAGAAGAUCGGGGCCUUUCCGAAGAAGUGCAUUUGAAUUUACGGCAACCCAAAAAAACGCUGUCUCUUUCUUUCGACGAGUUGCAGGCACUCCAAAACCUCGGGGUUUUGUCGCCAGAGACGCUAACAUCGGCAGUAUCUGCACAAAAACCUAAUGGUGAUAUCGAGAUUUUGGAUCCGGGCCUGUAUCAUGCUAUCUCACUGGCGGCUGGUUUCACUACGAUAUUGUACCCGUUUGAGAUAUCAUUGACGGUCCGGCCAUCUCGCGACUCGCGGAGCUGGAAGCUGGAGGCUAAAGGCCCUGAAAGUAGGAUAGAUCUUCUUAUGGACGUAUAUCGAAUAUUGCGAAAUCCCAGCUGUCAUGCGCUGGAGUCGCUACGCAACGCGGUCUUCUCAGAAACUAAGAGACCCCUUAACUUCUCACAUGAGGGUACGUUGAACUCGUUGGUCACGACGUCGUCAUCUUUAAACCCGUUCGAGCUUUCGAGAUUACUAUUACCUCAGGCAAACAGUUCUAACGGCAUCGAAGAGACGAACCACGUUCCGCAAAAAGGAGACGCCUACGAUAGUAUUCACAAAAGCCGAUCGUAUGCCCCACUGACGACUGGCCACGCGCUUACAAGUCUGCACUGCGAACCAAGCUGGUAUCUUGGCCAAUACGGGCCACAUUCAUCCUCUAUGUCGUAUUCGUCGACUCCUGUUCAUUUCAGGCAGCGUUCGGCGAUUCCAAACUGGCCUUAUGAGCAACAAGACAAAGGUUCUCAGGCUGCCAUUGGCAGCUAUGGCUUUUACAUGAAUGGUAGUCAUGCCUACAACAAUAAGAGUAAAUUAGAAUAUGGCGAAGUUAAAAAUGCCACUCAGUCUUUUACCAAUCUAACAAAUUUUUCCUAUACCAAUGUAGCUAGCAGAGUCGGCAGCGGCGCCUGAACCGUUGGAUCAAUCCACUGAAAACAAAAACGUUUUUCAGUCUAUUAUAAAUACUACUGAAAUGUGUAUGGACGAUCCCAAAGUGUGGCCAGCCCUCGAUUACUGUUUGGGUGCACAUUUUGAGCAUUUGUCUAUUUAACUGAAUGAACACAUGGCCAUUACCAUUAAAAUAACAUAUAUUACAUAGUAUUAACCAUUUCGUUAUUAAUCGAUAUAGACAUGGAUAUAAUUUCUAAAGGCAAGUGCCUCAUUAUGCCUGAUUGACCCUAAGCGAGAACGAUCCUAGAAGACAAUCAUAUACCGCGAAGUCACUUAGUAAAUGGUCUCGAAAGGCUCUGUGGCGCAGAUGAAUAUAUAAAACGCCGUUCAUGUAACACAUUUGAUUUGGUCGCUUAAGAACAAGUUAAGCAACGACUUGUGUAGAAAAAUAACCCGUAUCGUCUCCAUCAUAUUUACAGGACACGUUUGUGCAUGAUAGUUUCUAUAUCUAUUAUUAAUAAAAUAGUUGGUGAUAUUAUUGGCAAUAUUAUUCAAAAGGAAGUCGACUUUAUUCUCGGAAGCGCGCGACAGGGGAAUGGAUGUACUACAUUAAAAACAAGUAGUCGUUAUAUAUAUAUAUGUAUAUAUAUAUAACGGGAGCGGUACCUCUGUGCAAAUGUUACUUGUUCCGUUACAUAGCAAUAGCGAUGGAAGCACUGAAGAUUCCUGGUACGGGCCGUAACACCCGGACGUAUGUCCUAACGUACAGCCCACAGCCGUUUGCGCUUUCAACUACUUCUUGACAACAAUAAGCCAGAAACGCGGUGAUUCCUGGCUGACAGUUGUUCAGGAUUUGUCGUAACACGGUCGAACCCUCGUUACGACUCUACGACGCCUGGUCGAUCGACUGCGUUUUCUGAGGAACACCGUUACAAACAUAGAUAGUUCCGCAGCCAUCGAGUUAUAAAGUCAUACUCUUUGUAGCGGCCCCUUUCGCACUCAAAGAUACUUUGAACUUGUAGCUUAGCCGACCACUUCGUCCACCCCCCAGUUAACUAAUCUCUUAAUCUAGACGAACGGUUUGUAGAUACUUCGACAUAGUUCGCAAUAUAUUCAAAGGAUUUGGGCUAGUUCCCUCCGAAAAAUGAUGUACUCAUCGCCUCAUUUGGGUAAACCACUCUCAUAUAUUGCUUAGUGAUUGGUACUCUUUAUUCAAUACGUGUAUGUAUAUCUCUAUAUAAUAUUUGCUUACAGCAAAUUUACCUAGAAAACAGUCAGGCCAGGUAUUUGUUAUAGCGAAUCCUCACUGCAAAUGCGAUCGCUUUGUAUCUCACCGAUCCGCCGUUCGUCUUACUGGCAUUCCCUAACUAUGUGACAAAGGCCCUUUUAUAACUCCAGCGACGCGACUGUUUGUCAACGACGGCAUAGAUCUUUUUAUUCGACUCUAAUUUCAAAUCGAUCUAUUGUUUAAAGUAAAGGCUUAGCUAUUUAUCCAGUCAGAGUUGCUCCAUUUGGAAUCGUUAAUGACUUUCUUCAGAACCUUUCGAGGGCAUAAAUGUAUCUUAAGGUAUAAUUGUACUGCUUCUGUGCCUAGUGCUUUGGAAGUUCUAUUGUAUAUUGCUUAGGCAUCAAAGAACGGCUUCACCUAUUUUGAUUACCCGCGUCUUCUGAAUAGUCGGCCUGUAAUACCCUCUACCCCUCUGAUGCAGAUACAAAUAGACUGGCACGAUAUGACGCGAAAAUCCUCCAUCUUAGUUGUGACUGUAUUAGGCGUUCACGUCAGUUAAGAAGUUAAUAUUAACUGUUUAAGACGAACCUGUGCGACGUCCUGAAUAACUUUUCUGUCAGUCAAAGCUACAAAAGAUCUCUUCUCAUCUAUCAAUGAUGUUCAUCCUGCUUUAUUUCCGUUUUUUCCAAAACAUCCGGCCGCUUUGUAUCGGAUAAUCUCCUAUGGUCAAGGGCUGUUUACGUUCAACCUGGUAACUUUUGAAUUAUUCACUUGGUCUUCAAUAGAAAUGGUAGUCUCUAGCUCUAUCGCCGCAGUAUAUCAAGUCGAAUUAUCGUUAUUAUUUUAGCAGGACAGCAGGUGUGCACCAUUAUAAUUUCGUAACUUGUUUCAAAGCAUGCGCCUAUUUUCUGAUAGAGUCAUGUUAGUACAAAUUCAAUCUUUUUCAAACAAACAUUUAUAUACGAAGCUAGAAGAGAUCUUAUUUUAUCCUGCUUCUAAUUGAACUCAAAGGUCCUAUAGUGACUAAACAGACCAGGGUCCUCUUCGAUAUUAUGCGGAUGGACAAUGUAAAUAAAAAGACGGACUUAUGGCCAUUUGUUUAGUAUUGUGUACUUGUUUAUGAUUGCGUUAAAACGACAGGAAUUUGUCUGAUCUUUCAUCGUGCCGGAAGCCGCCGCUAAAUAGAAAUCAGAUACGCUCAUUAAAUAUCCAUAUAUAAUAAAUAUUACAGUUUGAGUUGUA